GUGUUGCUUUAGAGAUCGGACUGGCCGAGAUUGCGAAAGGAUCAAUAUGCCUUUGGCUAGAGAUUUACUCCACCCAUCCUUGGAAGAGGAAAAGAAAAAACAUAAAAGGAAACGGCUAGUUCAAAGCCCAAAUUCCUAUUUUAUGGAUGUAAAAUGUCCAGGUUGCUACAAGAUUACCGCGGUUUUCAGCCAUGCUCAGAUGGUGGUUCUUUGUGUAGGCUGUUUAACAGUGUUGUGCCAGCCAAUGGGAGGAAAGGCCAGAGUCACAGAAGGGUGUUCAUUUAGAAAAAAGCAACACUAAUGAUCCACACUACCUCUUGAAUUUGUGUUAUAUCGCAGAAAGCCUUAUCAGUUCAAUAAUUCCAAUUAAUCUACCAAGAUAAUGUAAU